AUGGCCGGACUUAGCUGCGUAUUGGCAAUUCUAGUGCUGACUACGGUGGUUUCCGUAACUCAUUCAAAUGAACUACCAACCUCUUGUGCUGCGGUCCUUUGUGGAGAAGGAACUGUCUGCAAAUUACAGAACGUUGACUGUGUCAAGGCGCCAUGUCCAAGAUGUAUUCCAAAAAAUAAACCAGGAUCAUGCCCAGUGCCGAAACCAGACCAAUUCGGUAUCUCUAUAGCGGAAUGCUCCACUGAUGUUGACUGUGAGGGCGACCUGAAGUGUUGCGGAAGCUGCCCAAAGGAAUGUACUACUCCGGUCACUCCCAUAGACUUGCCAGGCCCCAAUUACUGACUUCCCUGGUAAAUUAAAGUAUUGUGGAGAUGUGUCAACCCAUUCCAUUAUCCUACCAAAGAAUGAGGUGCUGAUAAAUAAACCUAAUGCAGUCAACUAUGA